CUGGGUGUUUCCACUUUGGGACGCCGACCACGCAAACUGUCACGCUUGGCCAUGCUAACCGCCCGUUUCGUGACGACAUGGCGUUGUAUUUUGCAUCGGCACUACGAUCUGCACAGAAAUAAGCACAUGUACACGCAGCAUCCAUGAAGUGUCAUUCAGUCAGGGCGCCCCGAUGAAUAUAAGGCUCCGACGUCUCGCCCUCUCCAAGAUGCCCGAUUGAUCCCAUCAUCGGUUGUCCUCUCGGGCUGCUUCUACUACUACGUCUACAAUUAUUGUCUGCGAUCAUCAACAUCGUCAUUGAUCUCAUCAAAACAUCACCAUACACCACAAAACAUCCACCGCCUACGAUACUCUCGCACAACCCACCAACCUCCCCUUCGCGGGGCUCCUCCUCUGCAUCAGCAGCAUCACCAGCCAAGAUGGCGCCGUCCUCCAACGACCUCUACCGCCAAACCACCACCCUUACCAACAAGACCUUUAAGAUUGUCAUUGCACGCCACUUCCGCUCUACCCUCUACAGCGCGCUCGUCCUCCCCGUCAUCGCCUCUGUCUAUCUCGGCAUCGGGCAAAAGUUCAACCAGCCCAACGACAAGUUUGGCGUCGGCACCCCCCACGCCAUCACUUCUCUGCCCGAUGCGCUGCACAACGGUCUCGGCGGUCGUGAUACCGUUCUCCUAAUCAACAAUGGCCCUGCCACAUCCGAAGUCGACCGCGUCUUCAAGUCGCUAGAAGACACUAUCCAUGGCGCCGGUGCAAACGCUACCCGCCUACCCAAUGAGGACGAAAUUGGCCGCAUCUGCAAGGCUUCUCUCCGUGGCACAUCGACUUGCUUUGGCGCCGUCGUUGUCAACUCGUCCCCGUCAGGAGGCAGCACAGAUGAUAAGCAGGGCUGGAAUUAUACCAUCCGUGCCGACUACGGUCUGGGCAUCAGCUUCCGUGUCGACAAGACCGACAAUGACAACGCCAUGUACACUCUUCCCCUCCAAAACGCCGUCAACGCCGCCAUUCUCGGCAAGGAUGCCUCCAAAAUUGCUAAGAUUCAAGAGUUGCCCAUCACUUCCAUCACUGAUUCAGAGCGCGAGGCCGAGAAUCUUCGCCAGUACCAGACCUCCUUUAUCAACUACCUCAGCGUGUCCUUCAUCAUUGCCCUGAUUGGUGUCAGCUACCAUCUCCCUGGAUUCAUCGCUACAGAGCGCGAGGCUGGUCUCUCCCAGCUCAUCGACGCCAUGAUGCCCGUUUCCAAGGGCUGGCAUCGCCAGCUUGCUCGUCUCUUGUCCCAGUAUGGUGCCUUUGCAUUGACAUAUCUCCCCGGCUGGAUCAUUUCUGCUGUCGUCUGCCGUGUCUUGAUCUGGAGCAAUACCAACAUGGGCAUCCUCAUUGUGCACUUUAUUCUGAGCGGUCUGGCCAUGACAUCCAUGUCGCUACUUGGUGCCUGCUUCUUCCGCAAGGCUCAGCUUGCCGGUAUCGUUACUGCUGUCGUGUGGUUGGUUCUUGGUAUCGCAGCCCAGGUCACAGCCCGAGGCUCCAUCGGCGCCGUCAUUGUCCUGUCUCUGCUCUUCACCCCUAGCAACUUUGUCUACUUUAUUGUCUAUGUUGCGCGAUACGAACGGCAGGGCGUCGGUGCCAACCUUGCCCACGCCGCCAACGACGAGUACUGGCAGCUUCCUGGCUACGUGUUCUGGAUCUUCCUCAUUCUACAGGCGUCCAUCUACCCAUUUGUCGCUGCCUUUGCUGAGCGCACUCUCCAUGGUGUCACUACCGGUGUCCGUCUCAACUCCGCGCCUGUUGACGGUAGCGGCGAUGCCAUCCGGAUCGACAGCAUGACCAAGAUCUACGAGCCCAGCUUCCUCCGCCGCUUCUUUGCCUUUGUGUCUCCUCCCCGCCCUCGCGUUGUUGCCGUCGAUAGACUUUCCCUUCGCGCCAAAAAGGGCCAGAUCCUCGCUCUCCUCGGUGCCAAUGGCAGUGGCAAGAGUACAACGCUCGACGCCAUCGCUGGCACUAGCAACUUUACCAGCGGCGACAUGUUUGUCGACGUCUCUGGCGGUCUCGGUAUUGCACCCCAGAAGAACGUCCUCUGGGAUGACCUGACGGUCUUUGAGCACAUCAAAAUCUUCAACCAGCUCAAGACCCCGUCCAACCCCGCUUCUGACGAUGAGAUCCACGCUCUUAUUGACGCCGUCGGCCUCAAGACCAAGACCAAGGCUAUUUCCAAGACACUCUCUGGUGGUCAGAAGCGCAAACUCCAACUUGGUAUGAUGCUUACUGGCGACAGUGCCAUCUGCUGCGUUGAUGAAGUCUCCUCUGGUAUCGAUCCGCUCUCGCGCCGCAAGAUCUGGGACAUUCUCCUCUCGGAGCGUGGCAAGCGCACCAUUGUCAUGACUACUCACUUUCUCGACGAGGCGGAUCUUCUCGCUGACCAAAUUGCCGUCCUCUCCAAGGGUAAGCUCCGCGCCGAAGGUUCCUCCGCCCUGCUCAAAGACACAUAUGGUGCUGGAUAUCGUGUUCAUGUCCUCAAUGCUCGCGAUGUCUUGAACAAGGCACCCGAAGUCCAGGGCGUACAGCGCACCAUGGCAUCCAACACCAUCACUUACCUCGCCCCUUCUUCCGAUCUUGCUGCCCAAGUGAUCCGCGUACUCGAACAGCGUGGCAUUGCUUACAAGCUCUCUGGACCUACCAUUGAGGAUGUCUUUCUUAACCUGGCCGAAGAAGUCCGCGACGAAGGUUUAAUCGACGAUGACAACUCCAUGGCCCGCGACCGCUCUUCAGACUCUACCUAUGGUGGCAAGGGACAUGAUGCUCAGUCGCUCGAUCUUCUCCAAGGCAAGACAGUCAGCAUGGCACAUCAGUUUGUCGUCUUUCUGCGCAAGCGCUUCACCAUCCUCAAGACCAACUGGAUUCCCUACGCUGCCGUGUUUCUCAUCCCCAUUGUCGCUACUGCUAUUAUCCAGCUCCUUGUUCACGAUGUGACUGCCGCUGGCUGUGCCCCUCAGGCCCAGAGCAGCGAUAUCAGCAACGACCAGUACGACAAACUCUUGAGCCACCCUUUCCUUGUUGCUGGUCCUUCUGCCGCCUUUACCAGCGCCGUGACUGGUCUCGGAAAUGUUUUUGGUCAGGGUUCUUCCUCAUCGUCAGCCCCGCCCAAGAUUUCAGGUUCCGAGAUCACCUUUGGAAACACCACCAUCAAGCUUACCGAUACGUAUAAUGACUGGACGGCCGCUCUUGAAAGCAACAAGCGAGACUUGAUGCCAGGUGGUAUUUGGCUUGGCGACAGCAGCUCCGACCCGACAUUUGCCUACCGCGCCAACAACUACUCCUCCAUCGAAACAUCUACAGUCGCCCAAGGCCUGCUGGAUUCGCUGCUCACCAACAUGCCCAUCACGGCCACCUACAAGGCCUUUGCUGCUGGUAUACCCCCCAACACCGGCUCUGGCCUCCAGCUCAUUGUCUACUUUGCUGUUGCCUGCUCUGUCCUUCCUGGUCUGUUGGCCAUGUACCCCAACACGGAGAGACGCCAGAAUGUUCGCGCUCUUCAGUACUCUAGCGGAGCCCGCGCCCUUCCUCUCUGGGCAGCGCAUCUUGUUUUCGAUAUGUCCUUUAUCGUGGUGGCCAUGGGUAUCGUUGUUGCUAUUCUUGCCGGAACUUCCGCCGCGGCCUUUUACCAUAUCGGCUACAUAUACCCCAUUCUCGUCUUUUGGGGCAGCGCAUCCAUCUCCAUUGGCUACACGCUGUCGCUUAUCUGCCCUACUACGCUCUCGACAUAUGCCAUGUCUGCCGUCAUCUCUGGCCUUGGAUUUGCCGUCUACAUCAUUUCCUAUCUGUUCAUCCUCACACUCUCCGAUCCCACUCUGACGGAUAACAACAUUCUCAUUGCCAACUGGGUCAUUUCCAUCUUCUUCCCUACCGGCUCGCUGAUCCGCGCAUUCAUGGUAGCCACCAAUGUCUUCUCCACCACUUGCACUGGCUUUGAGCUGCAGAGCAACCCUGGCGCCCUCACGGCCUAUGGCGGCCCUAUUCUGUACCUGAUUGCCCUCACAAUCUUCUGGUUCAGCCUUACCGUCUGGAUCGACAGCAGUGAUGGCAAGUACCAGAGCGGCAAGCCACAGCCGUCGGAGGAGCACGAGGAUGAGGAACUCGCUGCUGAAAAGGCUCGCGUGGAAAACCCUGGUGAGGAUGCCAAGGGUCUGCGCGUUGUUCACCUUACCAAGGCCUUUAACAAGUCUACCGCUGUUGACAACGUCACCUUUGGCGUUGACCAUGGCGAAGUGUUUGCCCUGCUUGGUCCCAAUGGUGCGGGUAAGUCGACCACGAUUUCGCUUAUUCGUGGCGACCUUGCCCCAAGCAAGCGCGGCGGCGACGUCUUUAUUGAGAAUGCAUCCAUUACGAAGCAGCGUCCCCAGGCGCGCGCCAAUCUCGGUGUGUGCCCGCAAUUUGACGCCAUUGACUCCAUGACUGUCGAGGAGCAUCUCUGUCACUACGCCCGUCUCCGUGGCAUUCAGGACGUGCACCACCAGGUCCAGGCUGUUAUUCGUGCUGUUGGCCUCCAGGCUUACCGAAGUGUCAUGGCACACACGCUCUCGGGAGGUAAUAAGAGAAAGCUGUCGCUGGCCAUUGCCCUUACUGGUAAUCCGUCUGUGAUUCUUCUGGAUGAGCCGUCAUCCGGUCUGGACGCCGCUGCCAAGCGCAUUAUGUGGCGCACCCUGCAGACCCUCGUUCCCGGCCGCUCUAUCCUCCUCACCACACACAGCAUGGAAGAGGCCGAUGCCCUAGCUACACGUGCUGGUAUUAUGGCUCGUCGCAUGCUGGCCCUUGGUACAACUGAGAACCUGUGCCAACGCUUCGGCGAUACACUGCAUGUCCAUCUUGUAGCCCAGUCCGCACCUCACUCGACACCCGAGGAGAUGGACCGUGUCCGCCGCUGGCUGGAGGCCAAGUUCCCUGGCGCCAAGAUUGAGCAUGAGACGUACCAUGGACAGAUGCGCUUCUCCAUCCCUGCUUCGUCUGUUCCUGCAGCAGCUGAUGAUUCCGAUGAGAAGGGUAUCAAGAAGACAGACAGUGAGGGAAGCGCUAUUGGUCACCUGCUGAUGAUUCUGGAGGAGCAUAAGCAGGAGCUCGGCAUUGCGCACCACAGCGUCAGCCCUACGACGCUGAAUGAAGUCUUCCUGGCAAUUGUGAGCAAGCACGAUGUGCAAGAAGAAGGCUACGGCACGGAGAAGAAGAAGCCGUGGUAUAAGAAGAGCAUGUUUCGCAAGGAUUAGACUGUCACUUUUGUAGAUUUUCUUUUUGUAUCUUUUGUACUAUUACUGUUGUUGUCAUUGUCAUUGUCAAUUUGUUUUGUUAGAAUACUGCUGAAUAGACUAAUACCACAUAAAUUGUCAACCCGUUU